UAUCUGUUGUUGGAGGUACGUCUUUGCCAGUUUCGCUCAGAAAAUGCAGUCUUCGUCAAUCUGUCGCCAUAGACGGCCGCCUGCUGUCUAGCUAUUCAAAAGAGCAGUGGAACCUUGGCAAAACUCCUUCAUCAGUAUGACGCGUUAUUCCGGCGACUACCACCCCGAAGCAACAUGGAAGCCCACAGUGGUGACAAGCGUGGUCUUGAGCAUUUAGACGAAUAUGAACCCAAACCAGCAAAACAUAUGCGUAGCCUGCACGAUCGCAUGGUGGAAAGGCGACUAGUAGUUAUUUUAGAGGGGGCAACGCUGGAAACAGUGAAGGUUGGCAAGACAUUUGAACUGCUGAACUGUGACCAACACAAGGGCAUGAUCAUCAAAAGUGGACGGGACCCAGGGAAGAUUCGACCUGACAUUACACAUCAGUGUUUGUUAAUGCUGAUGGACAGUCCAUUGAACAGGGCAGGUCUCCUGCAGGUUUACAUCCACACAGAGAGGAACGCCUUGAUUGAGAUCAACCCACAGACACGCAUCCCCCGAACCUUCAACCGCUUCUGUGGCCUCAUGGUCCAGCUCCUGCACAAGCUGAGUGUGAGGGCGGCUGACGGCCCCCAGCGCCUGCUGAAGCUCAUCAAGAACCCUGUGUCAGACCACCUGCCCCCUGGCUGCCCCCGUAUUUGUACCUCGUUCUCCUCUGGGGAGGCAGUGGGCGCCCGCACCGUGGUACCAGAGGAGGGGCCCGCCACUGUGGUGGUCGGAGCAUUUGCACACGGGGCUGUGAAUGUGGACUACACAGAGAAGACUGUUUCCAUCAGUAACUACCCUCUCUCUGCUUGUCCUCUCCUGUCUUAGGUGAAUGUGGACUACACAGAGAAGACUGUUUCCAUCAGUAACUACCCUCUCUCUGCUUGUCCUCUCCUGUCUUAGGUGAAUGUGGACUACACAGAGAAGACUGUUUCCAUCAGUAACUACCCUCUCUCUGCUUGUCCUGUCUUAGGUGAAUGUGGACUACACAGAGAAGACUGUUUCCAUCAGUAACUACCCUCUCUCUGCUUGUCCUGUCUUAGGUGAAUGUGGGCUACACAGAGAAGACUGUUUCCAUCAGUAACUACCCUCUCUGCUUGUCCUCUCCUGUCUUAGGUGAAUGUGGACUACACAGAGAAGACUGUUUCCAUCAGUAACUACCCUCUCUCUGCUUGUCCUCUCCUGUCUUAGGUGAAUGUGGACUACACAGAGAAGACUGUUUCCAUCAGUAACUACCCUCUCUCUGCUUGUCCUCUCCUGUCUUAGGUGAAUGUGGACUACACAGAGAAGACUGUUUCCAUCAGUAACUACCCUCUCUCUGCUUGUCCUGUCUUAGGUGAAUGUGGACUACACAGAGAAGACUGUUUCCAUCAGUAACUACCCUCUCUCUGCUUGUCCUGUCUUAGGUGAAUGUGGACUACACAGAGAAGACUGUUUCCAUCAGUAACUACCCUCUCUCUGCUUGUCCUCUCCUGUCUUAGGUGAAUGUGGACUACACAGAGAAGACUGUUUCCAUCAGUAACUACCCUCUCUCUGCUUGUCCUCUCCUGUCUUAGGUGAAUGUGGACUACACAGAGAAGACCGUUUCCAUCAGUAACUACCCUCUCUCUGCUUGUCCUGUCUUAGGUGAAUGUGGGCUACACAGAGAAGACUGUUUCCAUCAGUAACUACCCUCUCUGCUUGUCCUCUCCUGUCUUAGGUGAAUGUGGACUACACAGAGAAGACUGUUUCCAUCAGUAACUACCCUCUCUCUGCUUGUCCUCUCCUGUCUUAGGUGAAUGUGGACUACACAGAGAAGACUGUUUCCAUCAGUAACUACCCUCUCUCUGCUUGUCCUCUCCUGUCUUAGGUGAAUGUGGACUACACAGAGAAGACUGUUUCCAUCAGUAACUACCCUCUCUGCUUGUCCUCUCCUGUCUUAGGUGAAUGUGGGCUACACAGAGAAGACUGUUUCCAUCAGUAACUACCCUCUCUGCUGCCCUCACCUGUCUUAGGUGAAUGUGGACUACACAGAGAAGACCGUUUCCAUCAGUAACUACCCUCUCUCUGCUUGUCCUGUCUUAGGUGAAUGUGGGCUACACAGAGAAGACUGUUUCCAUCAGUAACUACCCUCUCUGCUUGUCCUCUCCUGUCUUAGGUGAAUGUGGACUACACAGAGAAGACUGUUUCCAUCAGUAACUACCCUCUCUCUGCUUGUCCUGUCUUAGGUGAAUGUGGACUACACAGAGAAGACUGUUUCCAUCAGUAACUACCCUCUCUCUGCUUGUCCUGUCUUAGGUGAAUGUGGACUACACAGAGAAGACUGUUUCCAUCAGUAACUGCCCUCUCUCUGCUUGUCCUGUCUUAGGUGAAUGUGGACUACACAGAGAAGACUGUUUCCAUCAGUAACUACCCUCUCUCUGCUUGUCCUGUCUUAGGUGAAUGUGGGCUACACAGAGAAGACUGUUUCCAUCAGUAACUACCCUCUCUGCUUGUCCUCUCCUGUCUUAGGUGAAUGUGGACUACACAGAGAAGACUGUUUCCAUCAGUAACUACCCUCUCUCUGCUUGUCCUCUCCUGUCUUAGGUGAAUGUGGACUACACAGAGAAGACUGUUUCCAUCAGUAACUACCCUCUCUCUGCUUGUCCUCUCCUGUCUUAGGUGAAUGUGGACUACACAGAGAAGACUGUUUCCAUCAGUAACUACCCUCUCUGCUUGUCCUCUCCUGUCUUAGGUGAAUGUGGGCUACACAGAGAAGACUGUUUCCAUCAGUAACUACCCUCUCUGCUGCCCUCACCUGUCUUAGGUGAAUGUGGGCUACACAGAGAAGACCGUUUCCAUCAGUAACUACCCUCUCUCUGCUUGUCCUG